UUCCCAUGGGUACGGUUCCCGCGCAUUCUAUGACGUCUGCACCUGGACGAAAACAUCCGUAUUUUCAGUGUUUUUCCGUAAUAAAUUGCACGAAAACUUCCUGUUUUCUUGUAGAAUUUGUGAAAGUGAUACAUAAGCUUUGAAAUGGGUGAUUCAGCGGCAGAGCCCCGUUCCAAGAGACAAAAGAUCGACAAACACGGACGAUUUGCAGCCCUUCAGCGCCUUAAAGAGAUCAAAUCCUCCGGCACAAAGCACAAAUAUGAGCUUUCCGAGGAAGUAGACAAUGUCUAUGACACAGUUGAUGAGAGGGAAUAUUCUAAGCGUGUGCAAACACGAGCUGCCGAGGAUUGGAUUGACGAUGACGAUGGUGAAUAUGUGGAAGAUGGCAGGGAGAUAUUUGAUGAUGAAGAUUCUGAUGGAGAAUCAGUUUCCACUGCUAAAAAUAAGAAGGAAUCCAAAAAGAGAGGUCGAGAAAAUACUAAACCAGCAAAAGGCAAAAAUUCCAUCAGGAAUCUCUUCAGCAAUGCUGUUCCCAAGAAAGCCUCCACCGUUACACUGGGUGAGGACAGCAUCUUAUCGGAGAUCCUUGGUGAAAUUGAUGGAUCUCAGGAUAAGGCUAAGGAUACUACUAGCACAGUGGCAGUAAAGAAACCCUCUGUUACAAAGCAGUCGGAAGAUAAUGCUGCCCUCGUGAAGGAAUACAUGCAAAGCUUUUCCAAAAAUAUCAAACGAAAAGAAGUGCCUAAAGAAGAAGGAGGGAGCGACGAUGAACUUCUAGAUCGCAUAGCAAAUCAAACAAUGGCAAGUAAGAAUCCGUCGAAGGAAACACUUGUACAUUCUAAGGAAGUUCAUUUGAAUGGGAAAGAGGACAGAAAAGAAGACUCUGAAGUAGAAAAGGUCAAUGAAGAAGUGAAAAACUGUUCUGAGCCUGAAAAGAAAAAUGAAGUCACAGAAUUUGCAGUGCCUGAGCAGAAAAAUGAAGCCAAAGGAUCUUCAGAGUCUGAAAGAAAAUCUCAUGAACAGGAAAAAACUGAAGAGAAUUUGGCAGACUUGUUGAACACUGAAGAUUUUGCAAUGGACUUUGAUAUAUCAGUUCCCAAUGUGGCCGCAGAACCAAGAAAUCACGCAAAGGAAAAAAUCCAAGCUAUCUCCACCGAGAAGAUCACAACAAAUUGGGAAGCAAUCGCUCAAAUGAACAAUGAUAACGACAUAGAUUUCACAGCAUUCGACAUGGCGGACUUUGCCAGUGAGUCUGAAAAGAAAAUAUGGUUCUGGGAUGCAUGGGAGGAUCCAGUAAAACGUCCAGGUCAACUCUUCCUGUUUGGACGUGUUCAGGUAGAGAAUUCCAAGGAAAACUACAAAUCGGUCACUGUACACAUUCAGUCUGUCAAUAAGAGAUUAUUUCUCUUGCCCAGACAGUAUUUGCUAGACAAAGUCACCAGGGAGGAGACAAGGGAUAAAGUGACUUUGGGUCAUGUGAUGCAGGAGUUCCAAGAGGUACUGCAGGAACUCAAGAUUGAAUCCUUUCAAUCAAAGCAAGUUACGAAAAAUUUCGCAUUCAGCAUAAAAGGGGUGAAGAUUCCUCAGUCUUCGGAGUGCAUAGAAGUUCGAUACAGUGGUCACUUGAAAGCACCACUCAACACAUCCAAGAAAUACUACUCCAUCGCCCAUAUUUUUGGUACCUCAACUACUCCUCUUGAGACAUUCCUGCUCGACAGUAAAAUCAAAGGACCUUGUUGGCUCACCAUUAAACACUUCCAGAUCCGAGAACGACCCCUCACGUGGAGUCGUGUUGAGAUGGUGGUAGCCAAUAGUAAGUCUGUUUGUGUGGCUCCUGAAAAAAACCAAAAUCCUCCUCCACUUUCUCUAAUGACACUCAAUGUUCGAUCAAAUCUCAAUAUGAAAACGACGAAAAAUGAAAUUGUGAUGAUUUCGUGCCUUAUUCAGGAUAGAUUUCCGCUAGAUAAACCACCACCUAAUCCAGCUUUCAAUCGCCAUCUCUGUGGACUUACACAUCCUUCUCAUCAGGGAUGGCCCAUGGAUUUUGCUGGAAAAUUCAAGGGGUACAACAAAACCAAGGCUAAAAAAUUUGAAUCUGAACGAGAACUGCUCAGUUGGUUCCUAGCCAUUUACCAAAAUACUGAUCCUGAUCUCAUUGUAACUCACGAUGCUGCUGAUUGUCAGCUAGAUGUGAUCUUUGAGAGGAUCAUCACCUUAAAAAUUCCUAAUUGGUCACGAAUUGGGCGACUUAGAAAAACUGUGGUGGACAGCAAACGCCAUCAAGAUAACUUUACGGGCAGGAUGAUUUGUGAUGUGAAAAAAUCAGCCGAGGAACUGAUAAAAUCUAGGAGUUACGAUCUCGGAACUUUGUGUACGGAAGUGCUGAAGAUUCAGGAAGAAGAUCGCAUUGAAAUCUCAAACGAUGACAUACACUUUAUGUACGAGUCUAGUGAUGAGAUCCUCAAGCUUAUCACCUUGACCAUGCAAGAUGCCUCUUAUGUGCUACGGUUGAUGUGUGAGCUGAAUGUCCUUCCUCUGGCUCUGCAGAUAACAAAUGUAUGCGGCAAUAUGAUGGCUAGGACCCUCCAAGGUGGACGAUCUGAACGGAACGAGUAUCUGCUACUUCAUGCUUUCAAUGAGAGAGAUUACAUUGUGCCAGACAAGAAGGAGAGAUUGAUUGGAAAGGAGUGGGAUAAGCAGGAAAAUGCAGAGCAAGGUCAAGGACGCAAGAAGGCUGCCUAUGCAGGAGGUUUGGUAUUGGAACCUAUCAAGGGUUUCUACGAAAAAUUCAUCCUUUUGAUGGACUUCAAUUCCCUGUACCCAAGUAUUAUCCAGGAAUACAACAUUUGCUACACUACUAUUGAUGAACCAUUGCAUGUUGAAGAUCAUAUUCAGCUACCGGAUUCUUCAGUGGAACAGGGAGUUUUGCCCAAACAAAUCCGUCGUCUGGUCGAAAGUCGUCGAGAAGUUAAGAAACUUAUGGCCAAUCCAGACUUGGAUCCUGAACUCAAGAUGCAGUACAAUAUUAGGCAGAUGGCCCUCAAACUAACUGCAAAUUCAAUGUAUGGAUGCUUGGGAUUCAGUCACUCUCGCUUCUAUGCUCCUCACUUGGCAGCAUUGAUCACUAGAAAGGGGCGAGAUAUUCUCAUGGAUACUAAGAAUUUGGCCACAAAACUCAAUCUAGAAGUCAUCUAUGGAGAUACAGACAGUAUCAUGAUCAACACUAAUUGCGUGGACUAUGAGCAGGUGUUCAAGAUUGGACUCACGGUUAAGCAGAAAGUCAACAGGAUGUACAAAAAUGUUGAAUUGGACAUUGAUGGAGUAUUCAAGUUCUUGCUGUUGCUCAAGAAAAAGAAAUACGCUGCUCUCACUGUGUCCAAAGGCAAGAAUGGUGAACUGAAGUAUAAUCAAGAACUCAAGGGUCUGGACAUUGUCCGACGAGACUGGUCGAAAUUAUCUGUAAUGGUGGGUCGAGCCAUUAUUGAGGAUAUUUUCAGUCCAGCUGAAGCUGAUGAUAAGAUUGAGAAGAUCCAUGAUCGAUUGGAGAGUAUCCGGCGCGAUAUCAUGGAGCAAAAAGUUCCAUUGCCUCUGUUUGUGAUUACGAAGCAAUUGACAAAACCACCAAAGGAAUACGCCAGCAAUUCAAACCUUCCCCAUGUCAUUGUGGCCCUGAGGAUGAACAAUACUCAGAAUAGGAGGUUCAAGAAGGGAGAUACCGUGAGCUACGUCAUCUGCCAGGAUGGCACAGAUAAGUCCCACAUGCAGAGAGCCUACCACUUGGAUGAAUUGCAGCUGAAUCCAGACCUGAAAAUCGAUGCUGAAUACUAUCUUACACAACAGAUUUUCCCAGUAAUUUCUCGUCUUUGCGAACCUCUCGAUGGAACAAAUAUCUCUCGUCUGGCGCAGUGUUUGGGCUUGGAUGCCAAGAAGUACAGGAGCAUGGAGGAGAAAAUGGAUCGCGAGGACGAACUCAAUGAUGACGUCAAUACACUCGUGAAGACCAGUGCCCAGAAAUAUCACUUCUGUGAGAAGUUUUCAUUCAAAUGCGUCUCCUGCCAUCAGGAGAACCCCAUGGCAGCGGCAGUGAAGCGUGUUGAUGCGAAUCUUGUUCCUGUUCUGGCUGCAUGCGUUAAUCCCGACUGUAAAAUUCCUCCCUACGAAUAUCUGGCCGGAAUCCAGAAUCAACUGAUCAUGAAAUUACGAACUUUUCUGGAUCGCUUCUACGAGAAUUGGAUGGUUUGUGAUGACAAUGUGUGUUCUCAUAACACGAGGAUCAUCACUCAUGUUCUGUCUAGCAAUGAUCGACCGGUCUGCUGUGCCUGUGGCAAUGGAAAUCUCGUGAGGCAGUACUCAGAGACAGAUCUCUACACUCAAAUUCGCUACUUCCAAUAUAUCUUCGACCUCACUCAGCCGCAAUACAAAAAAAUGAAGAUUGCACCUCAGGUGGAAGAUGCUUAUCAGGUGCUCAAGGAAACAGUAGAUCGAUUUCUGGGUAGAUCAGCUUAUUGUAUUGUCAAUUUGGGCACAAUUUUUAGUAAGCUCCACCUCGUGAAGCCAUCAGAGGAGCGACAAGAUGUACAAUUGAAUUGAACUUCCGCACUAUGUUGUCAAUUGCCUUGCUCACGCAAAUUGUAGUUCACUAAGAAUUCCUUUCCUAAUUCUAAUGAUGAAGUGGAUUUUUAGUUGUAUUUGUAUCACUAUAAAAACCUUAAAUUUUCAGAUAAAAAAUAAGUAAUCAUUUAACUGUAA